AUAAUCGUUCCGGCAGAGGAAACCCAACACUGAAGAGUCAGACCAACGUGGAUGGUUUUGUUUCUGAAAUGUUAGGAAGUAAAUUCAGUUCGUGCCAGAGUGCUGAAGGCCUUUUGUUUUGUGGGCUGAUCAGGUUGCGGCAAAAGGAUCUGGAAACAAACGCCACAGGAUAGAACUGGGAACGGAGGCUAUUCCUCUGAAGGUCUCAGGAGCAAUCUCUGAUUGUCAAGAGCCUGCCAAGUUUCCCUGCAUUUAGGUUUAGUUCCAGAGAUUUUUUAAUUGUUUUUUUUAAUGCACCACUGAACUGAGCAUGGCCAUGGCUAUUUAUGGAGAAUUGAGGAUGACUUAGCUAAUAUAAAGAUGUCAUCAGCACCUGGUCUUGAAAACUUCAGCCUUUUAACCUUGGUGUCAGGUGAUGUUUGCAGCCAUGGGGUUGUUAAGGAAUAUCUCGAAAAUACCCUUACUACGUCCCCUGAACAAACUCCACUCUUGGAAAUUAUCUUUAGCCCCAAUUGAUAGAAGGAUAUUAGACUUGUUGUUUUUCCAGCCAAGACUGCCUCCGGUGAACAGAAAUGUCUCUAAUAACUUACGGAGAAAUCAAUGCCCUCGAAAUAUAUCAUGCCAUUUUGUCCGGUGUUUUGCCACAAGUCAAUGUUAUUCAAAAAGUACCAGCAGUAGGAAAUCAAGAAAUGGAAAGCAAGGUGGUGAGGAUGAAGAGGUGACAACAGAACAUGGCUGUGAAAUAGAAGAUGGUGAAUAUGAAGAACUACUUCAGGAACAAAUGUCUGCUCCUCCUGAAGGAGGACAUAGAGUAUUUAUUGUUCAUCCAGAUGUUAAGUGGGGAGCAAAGAAACAAUAUCUCACAACAGGUAAACUUCAGAUGGCCGAAGCAGUUGCUCUUGUGAAUACCCUACCCAACUGGCAAGUUGUUGAUAAACUCAUCCUUUCCACAAAAAGUCCAGAUAACAAACUAAUUUUUGGCAAAGGCAAUUUUGAGACUCUUACAGAAAUAGUAAAAGGGAUGCCAGAAAUUACUGCAGUGUUCAUGAAUGUUGAAAGACUGUCUGCAUUAUCGGAGAAAGAGUUAGAAUCUACGUGGGGAGUUAAAGUUUUUGACCGGUAUUCCAUUGUCCUUCAUAUCUUCCGUUGCAAUGCUCGUACCAAAGAGGCUAAACUGCAGAUAGCACUUGCUGAGAUCCCAUAUCUGAGGUCCCAGCUGAAAAAUGAAUUGGCCCACCUAGACCAACAAAGUGGUGGAUCCAGGUAUAUUAUGGGGUCAGGUGAGACCUUAAUGGAGGUUCAGCAACGCAUCCUCAAGGAGCGGGAACUGAAGAUUAGAGGAGCCUUGGAGAAGCUAAGAAGAAAACGACAACUGUUGAGAACUCAACGCAAGCGCAGAGAGUUCCCAGUUAUUUCUGUUAUGGGUUACACUAAUUGUGGCAAAACCACCCUGAUCAAAAGCCUGACUGGAGACUCUGGUCUUCACCCAAGAGAUCAGCUGUUUGCUACACUUGAUGUUACCACUCAUGCUGGCUUGACACCAAGUCGUAUGACAAUCCUAUAUGUUGAUACCAUUGGAUUUCUCUCUCAACUUCCCCACAACUUAAUUGAAUCCUUCUCGGCAACUCUAGAGGAUGUGGUACAUUCAGAUGUUAUAGUUCAUGUUAGAGACAUAAGUCACCCUGAAACCACCAUCCAGAAGGUGAACGUGUUGAAUGUUCUCAAGAGUCUCCAGCUGUCAAAUGAACUUCUAAAUUCCAUUAUUGAAGUCCACAAUAAAAUUGAUUUGGUGGACAGCUAUCAGCAUGCAGAUCCAAACACCAUUGCAGUUUCAGCACUUCAUGGACUCGGUAUAGAUGAACUGAAAAGGAAAAUCGAAGAGGCAGUUUUGCAAGCAACAAGAAAACUGAUCCUCACCAUCAAAGUAAAUUUGGCAGGGCCUCAAUUGAACUGGUUGUAUAAGGAAGCCACUGUGCAGGAAGUGGAUGUUUUGCCAGAAGAUGGUUUGGCCAACGUGACUGUUAUCAUCAGUCGCUCUGCAUAUGGAAAAUACAAGAAGCUGUUUCAACAUUGAAGGAAAAGUAAACUUUUUUUUGUAUCCUGAGGAUUUUUACCAUUUUUUGCCUGCCCCUCUGUAGGUGAGGAUUAAAAACAGCACCUAUUUGCAUCAUUGAGAAACAUCUGGAGAAUUACAGAGAAGUGCAGGAAUCAUUGUUCUGUUGGGAAACAUGACCAGCAUACACACAGCAAGAUCCCUUAAAUAACAGUGAGAUCUUACCAUGGUUGGCCAGAAUACUGGAAGUAUUCACAGCUUUUUCUAUGCAAUCUUUGAUCACUUGCAAGAGGCAGACAAAACGCUUCAUUCUUUGUAUGAGAUAAGUAAGGUUUCAAAAAAAAAUCAGAAUUUUGUUCAAUAAAUAAAUCAUAUUUAAAUAAUAUUUAAAUAUUAUUUACUUCAGUCUAUUUACAUCAGGCUAAAAUGUUUGACACGAGACUGCAGGUGCUGGAAUCUGGAGCAACAAACAAUCUGCCAGAGGAACUCCAGGUCAAGCAGCAUCUUUGAGAGGAAAGGAAUUAUCGA